CGGGGCCUCCGCCGGUACAGCGUCACCGAGCUCACCAGCUCGUCGCCGGUGCCGCUGUCAUGCUGCUGCUGGUUCACAUAAGGGGCCAUUUGCAGCUCACCCGGUCUCCGGAUCCCGUCUGCGGCCAUACUCGCCUCUUUCUCGGCGUCGUUCACGCAACGUUGCUCUCUCCUCCGGGCCCCUCUCUCCUCCACCGCUUCUCCGUCGUGCCGUAACCGAUCGUAACGGGUGUGUACGGUGGAUUCACCGCACCGAUCAUGGCUCCACAUGCUCGAACUGUUCCUGUGACCAUUGACUGAAUGUUGCGCUGUAACCUUCAUUGAUCAGACUCCUCGUUUGAGACGAGAUCAACAUGCAGGCUGCUAUGGAAAUCACGGCAAAGUAUUGCCACAAGGAAAUGGAGGAAUAUGGGUCAUGUGUGGCCUCCAACCCAUCAACAUGGCAGCAAAGCUGUCAUGAGCUGAAGAUGAAGGUCGCACAGUGCACAUCAUCCCACCCGGUGAUCCAGAAGAUCAGACAAGACUGUUCUCAGCAGUUUGUGGAAUUCGAGCGCUGCCUGAGAGAAAACCAGAACCAACCUACCUCCUGCUCAGCACACGUGGCUCGCUUUCUGGGCUGUGCAGAGACGGUGGAUCUCAGUGGAGUGGCUUCAAAUCCUCCAGCUCAGCCAUCAUAGCACUGAGACGCCAGCAUUCGUUCACCUUCAGAUCACACCUGUCACCACAGCAACACAGAAGGUGUGGCCUCACACGUCCACAGGUCCAGCAACUGUAUGUGCAGUGACAGUUUGGACAUCUGUUUUCCUCUGUGUGCAUUGUCCUCAACAAUAACAAAUAGAGGAUCGCUAAAGCACUGUGACUUAUAGAUGGGUAUGGGAGAAUAUUUAAGUGCUGUGUCCCUUUAUCAUGUGAAUGUUAAUGUGAUAAUAACAUUUAUACUUGUGUGUAAGUGAGGACGUCUGGUUUGAACCAGAUUUUUUGACCAAUUUCAUUAAAAAUCAGACUUGGAGUUCUCAUCUGGUGUGGUCAUCCUCCAUUGUUUCCUGUUGCUUAUGUCUGUCCUUCUCACCCUCCCCAGGUCUGAGUCAAAGUCAAAUAUUAAACUGGAAUGUUUCACUCCCCCACAAA